CUCAGGGUUUGUUUUGUUUAUGUACAGGAAGGUUGGUAGCAGUGUGAGGUGUUGAUAGCUGUCAGUGUUGAAUAUGCAAAAAUAUGAGAAAUUAGAGAAAAUUGGCGAAGGUACUUACGGAACUGUAUUUAAAGCAAAAAAUCGCGAAACGCACGAAAUUGUCGCUUUAAAGAGAGUGCGUUUAGACGAUGAUGAUGAGGGUGUACCUUCAUCGGCGUUACGUGAGAUAUGCCUCUUAAAAGAACUAAAACACAAGAAUAUUGUACGGUUGUAUGAUGUGCUUCACAGCGAUAAAAAACUAACGUUGGUGUUUGAACAUUGUGAUCAAGACUUAAAGAAAUAUUUUGAUAGCUUAAACGGGGAAAUAGAUCCAGAUGUAGUGAAAUCUUUCAUGUAUCAACUGCUGCGAGGCCUCGCUUUUUGUCACAGCCAUAACGUUCUCCACAGAGAUCUCAAGCCACAGAAUUUACUUAUUAACAAGAAUGGUGAAUUAAAAUUGGCAGAUUUUGGUCUUGCUCGUGCUUUUGGUAUCCCUGUCAAAUGCUACUCAGCAGAAGUUGUUACAUUGUGGUAUAGACCUCCUGAUGUCCUGUUUGGUGCCAAACUUUACACUACGUCUAUUGACAUGUGGUCUGCAGGCUGCAUAUUUGCUGAGUUGGCGAAUGCAGGGAGACCACUCUUUCCUGGUUCAGAUGUCGAAGAUCAGUUGAAACGAAUCUUUAAGUUGUUAGGUACUCCAACUGAAGAGACAUGGAGUGGUCUGACACAACUACCAGAUUAUAAACCAUUUCCAAUUUAUCAUCCAAGCAUGGCAUUUAGUCAAGUAGUGCCGAAGCUAAAUGCCAAAGGUCGGGACCUUUUACAGCGUCUUCUGGUGUGCAAUCCAGCACUGCGGAUGGCAGCUGAUGAUGCAAUGGCGCAUCUUUACUUCAGUGAUCUCAGUCCUGCCAUUAAAAAUGACCGCUGCCAGUGACUGGUGCCAUGUCCUGUGAGUGAUGUUUCUUCAAACCCCACUGUGUACUCACUAAUAUGUUGUUGUGCUUUGCAGAACAUCUCUGCCAUCAACAGAAGUUAUACCUAUGAGAGAUGCUGCUGAAUGGAUGGUAUAUUUUAUUCACAAUGAUGCUUGUGAUGCAUAUGCUUGAGAUCCUGAUGUUUGGUACUGAACAUUCCUAAGCAAUAUGUGUACUGUGCUUUGUCCAUAGUUUCUUAAGUGGAAAGUAUUUGAUGUGGAAUUGGAUAAUCACAAAGUGAACUACACAUAUUAUAUAAAUACCAAAGAUGAAUAUUUUCUUUUUGAGUGUAUUACUUAAGUGUCUUUUUAUGUAAGUGAGCCCCUUAUUGUUGUGAGAAGAAUAUAAUGAAAAAUAUUAGUUUUUGGAUGGAUGAGUCAUUAAGAAAUUGACUGAAAUCUAAUUGGGUUGUGUAAAAUGUUGAAUGUGCCCAUAUUCUGGUAAUGACAUUGCUUGAAAAUAUUUUUACAAUGUGAGCCCCUAAAACAGUAUUUGAAAUGUUUGAAUGGACUGUGCUGUAGUGUAGUUUAAAAAGGUUUGCGGUCGUUACUUUUUGUCAUACCUUGAUUUUAAUCAGAUCCUUUUUGUGUGGUUCAUUACAGAAGUAAGUGUUUCUGUUAAUAUUUGUUUGUUUAGAAAGUGUAUUUCACAUAGCAGUUAGUUUAAUAAUUCUUGCUUCAUUAAAGAGCUCAGUUAAUUCAGUAUCUAAAUUCUACUGUAACUGAAAUUUAAACAGAGAAAAUUUAACACGUUACUACCUAUCUUCACUGCUUUCUAUUGUUUUAGAGUGUAUUGCACCUGAAUUGUCAUUUUGAAACAACUCUAGUCUUGAUAUCAAAAUCUAGCAGAUAAGAUAACUUCACUGGUCAAACAUAUUAGUCUCUUUCAUCAAGCUAGGAUAUGCCAUGUUCCUGUUCCUUUGUAACAAGUGCAGUUUGCUGUGAUGUUGAUUGGACAAGGCUGUGGAUGUAGGUAACACCAUUGUCCAAUCACUACACCCAUUAAACACCACAUGGCAGUCAGAUUAAAAAACUUUUUCAUCCCUAAUACUUUAAGCACUGUUCCAAAUACCAAUAGAUAUAUUUAAUGUGGUCUCUAUUAGGGGACUUUUCAAUCAUUCCCAGAUGCAUAAUUGGCUCUGGACAUUCAUUUUACAGUGCAACCUUUGAAGACAGUGCUGCUUAAGCUGCAAUUUCAGACAGGCGAAUGACAAAACAUGGUUGUCAUGCAUGUUGUCGCUGUUGCUCUUCACAGUACCUGUCAACUGAAAUGAAUGAUCCGUUUCCUUAAAAUUAAAACAGAACAACAGAUAUCCAUCACUAGCCUGCACAACUCUUUUUCAGGCCAUUGUCCCAGAAGACUUUCUGUGCUACCCAAUGAACAUGGGGCUACAUAUGAUUUACAAAGGUUGAAAGGGGGUUAGUUUGACUGAAGAACAUGUUUACUGUGCUCUACUGCAUCCAAAUCUUUCGACCUACUGUAUGCAGGCAGUUCUGUGAGCACAAGUGUGUGUUUCUUGCAUGCACCUGUGUUAUAAAUUUACAAGUGACUGAAUUCCUGGCAGUAUUCAUUUUGAGACGUGCAGGAAUGACGUUGUCAUUAGCUAUGAGCUGAGAGUCAUGCUAUCAGUCUCAGUCUAUGUUGAUCAGCAUUUGGUCACAAUUCUGACUUGGUGAAUCCAGACAGUGCUAUCUGCUGAGACAUAGUCAGUGUAAUCCACCACAUCUUUCACAGCAUGACUUUUGGUACACCUAAAGGCUGUGUCACAGUUUUUACUCUCCAUCACAUUGUGUCUUGCACCUCUUUGUUAUAUCUGACUAGCCGGCCGAAGUGGCCGUGCGGUUACAGGCGCUGCAGUCUGGAACUGCAAGACCGCUACGGUCGCAGGUUCGAAUCCUGCCUCAGGCAUGGAUGUUUGUGAUGUCCUUAGGUUAGUUAGGUUUAACUAGUUCUAAGUUCUAGGGGACUAAUGACCUCAGCAGUUGAGUCCCAUAGUGCUCAGAGCCAUUUGAAUUUUUUUUAUAUCUGACUAAUGACAGAAAUAAUUCAGUGGACUGCUUCAAACACACUGUAAACACUAGCCACAUUCGCCAGUAGUUUACCCUACACUCCACAUAAUACCAUGCUAUGAGCAGUUCCUUGACGGAAUUAUUAAGUUUGAUACACAUGAUGACUAACCUUUGUCUGCUGAACUUAAGUUAUAUUUAUUCUAAAUAGGGCAGAAAAUGCAACUGGCAUUUUUGUAAAGUAUAUUUAAGUCUAUAUCCAAUUUUAUGGAUGCAGUAACACUUUAUACAAUAGGUAAAUAAUUUAUAUUUGUACUUUGUCUGUAAGACUUCUGUAAUAGUCAUUAUGCUAGACAUUCGUAUUUGCUCUGCUGUAAAAUCUGUCCAUCAAUGUAAAAUAUCUGUAUUAGUCUGAAAAUUUUAAGGUCAACAUGGUUUGUGAAGAAAGGGACCGAAUCAUUUUAACGAUCACGUGACACUAAUAAACAUCAUCAUGUGUGUACAGUAUGUUGACAUAUGACUAGUAAAUAGAGCACUCUAUCAUUAUAUUUAAGAAACAAUGUUAGAUGGGAGUAAAGUGACAGUGGUCCAAAUUUUUGCUGUUUUAUUGCUUAUUCUCAGAGUGCUGCUCUUACUAUUUUGAAUAUUAUAUGCUAUGCCUGUUUUUUGUGACAUUACAGUUUGUAGAAGAUCAACAAAGCAACAAUAUUGAAUCUACCUUCUUUGCUCUACAUUUUGUUUUAUUACACAUUGUAACCAAAGAUAAAAUUUCAUUACUAUUCUGUUUCAUUGCUUAACACAAUAAAAAAACUGGAAGAUAGUUAAACCUCUUUAUCUGUGGCUGUGUAAUG